AUGGAGAUAAUGGCGGGUGUGCGUGUUGCGUGUCGUGCAGACUCUCGAAUCCAACCUCUGGGUCAUGUGGUGCAGAUGAUCGACGAGUUUGCAGACGUUUCCCCUUUCUGGACGCUCCUGGGAGCUGUCAAAUUGGGAAGCGCUCGCCUAGUUCACCGUGUGCUGUGUCAUACCUGUGAGUCACUACGUGACCAGAAUAACCUUCAGCAGUUCGAGCAUGCAACGAGGCCCGCUGCAGUUAUGGGGAACUUGCAAGUGAUGCAACUACUGCACGAGGUUGGUGUGGUCGCAUUGAAUAACACAACAGCCGUAGCAGCAGCUCUGAGCGGAGAUCUUUCGUUUCUGAAGUGGGUCCAAGCCACCGCACCACGAUUGUUCCACCACGCGAGAUCCUGGGCAGAGCAAGUGGAGUUCGACGUUGCUGCUGAACGUGGCUGUCUGAACACUGUGCAAUGGCUUGUCGAGGCAUUUCCUGGUACUGUGUGGUCGCUAGGUCCUGCUGCACUUGGUGGAAAUCUUGAGACAGUGAAGUGGCUACACGAACAUGCCAAUCUCGGCGAAGUUCAGCAGGAUUUCCCGUUUGGAACACUCACCAGAAUUUCUUUUGAGCUGUGCAUGCAAUAUUUUGAGGAAUGUUCUGGUGAAGAAACGGAAUUGAAGGCGCUGGCUGCCAAUAGGAACGACGGGUGCUCGCCAGAGGCAGUUAAUGGCACCGCUGAAGCAGGCAACUUGCAGAUUUUACUCUGGCUGAAUACGCACUAUAGUGCCCAGUGGACGUCCCAAGCGAUGGAUCGUGCAGCACAAGAUGCCGUGGACCACGCUGCUGGUUCCGGUCACCUCGAUGUAGUGCAGUUCCUGUAUGCGAAUCGCACGGAAGGCGGGACAGCCAUUGCGGCCGUGUUGACGGAAGAGCGGGGAAUGUUUGAGGUUCUGCGAUUGUUCGCAGAGCAAAACAUCGGCCUUGUCAUUCCAGGAGAAGAGGACGAGGACCUUUAA